UUUUCUUCAUGUUUUCCUCCAACUCGCCUCUUCCAACUUGUUUCUGCCAUGUUUUUCUUUGUUUUAGUAUUUUCUCUAAUUUGUUCAAACAUGUUGGAAGCAGACUUUCAUGUUUUUAUAAUUUUCUUUAUCAUGUUUUUCCUCCAAGACUUUCUUACAAUAUCGUUUUUAUUUUCUCUCCAAAACUUUUUAAAAAUAUCCGGAUGCAAUCUGAUCUUUCCUUCCUUUUUAUCUUUCUUUUGAUCAACUUUUUUUAUGUUUGUCGGCCUUUUACUUCAAAAUAAUUUUUGAAGAAAAACUGUCAAUUCUUCUUUUAAUUGACAAGCGGAAGAUCAUUCAACUAAUUUUCUUGUUUCUUUACAAAAAUUGUUGCAAAUGUUGUA